UAAAAAUUAGAAAAGUAACUUUCACAUAAUUCAAUAUUCUAUACUGUUUCGUCUCUUUAAAUGCUAAUUAAGCGUUACGAGACACCCUGUAUAAUUUACGAUUCAAAUUACGCGCGUCAAUUAAUAUCCGGUAAAUAGUAUCCGUUCGCUCUGACUUGGCGCUUAAACUGAUAAAAAAGGCGGGAUUGUACGUGACAUUAUCAUCGAACGUAGAUCGUCACGGCAAUUAGGAGUCCGUAAAUGGUAUCGAAUUUUCAAAAUAUUAACGGAUUUCUACAAUUCAUAUAUAUAUAUUCGUAUAUAAAAAAUGUCGCAGCCGUUAGUUACGUCGUAUUUUAAUACGCGUAAACGUGCAGCAACUGACGAUUUACGGAAUAAAGCAAAGGUACUGCUUCUUGAUCGGGAAGAAUCAAAAUCUGUGAGUAAUCAAACUGAAAAUCAACUAAAUAGCAACAAUUCUCAGUUAUCCGGGACAUUAACUCCGAUUCAAGAAGACGUAACAAUGGGUGCAAGUCCAAAAGUUGUUGUUGUUUCGGGAAACGAGUUAAAAGGCAACCGCAAUAUAAAACCAAACUCAGCUGUUAGAAAUAUUCAGUUUGAUUCUCCCAAAACAAAUGUUCAGAAGCCAGUUAAAAACACUGCUCGUCCACGAGCCAUCCGUUCACGAAAAUUAUCUGGUCAAGAGGGUCAAACAGAUAUUCGAGAAAGUUUUCAAAAGGCUACAGAAGAUGUGGACGCAAAGAAGGUUCUUUUUGAGAAGAAGGGUGCGUUAAGUCCAAGGAAGAAAUGUCCAGAAACACCAAAGAAAAACUCUUCUUCUGCUGAAAAUUCAGUUAAUGGCAUCAUGAAUGAUCAAAUGUCAUCUAAUUGCACAACACCAAAGAAAAGUUCGGCUAUGAGUAAAUUGGCAAAACAAGAGAUGUCUCUGACUGAAAUAAAAAAUAGGAUCAACAAAUCGUCUAGACUUAUGGAACUAAAAGCAUCUAUAGCUCGUUUCAAGAAUUGCGAACAAAAAUUGGAACAAUUACAGAAACAGAAUGAAGUUAAGAAACCUCAGAUACAGAAAUUUGAAAAGAUUCAACUUGAAAUACCAGUUAGCCCACAGAAAGCAUAUAAAUCACCAAACAAAAUCAUGUUAAGCCCUUUGAAAAAUAGAGAAUUAUUGAAUGUUAGUCCUCAGAAACGAAUUUUGUUUGAACCUAAAGAAACAACUGGAAGUGUUGUAAAUUGUAGUCCAACCAAAGUACCAGCUUAUCAACAGUAUUUGUCACUUGCUGAGAGUGGCACUCCUGCUUUGCCAUUGCCAUAUAAAUAUCGCUUUUUAGCAGAAGCAUUUAGAUGUGUAGACACAGUUUCUGCAAUAUUGUUCAAUCGCAAGGAAACAAUAACAUUCAAAAAAUUGAAACCUGCAGUUCAGGAAUUGCUGCGUAAAAAUUUCACUUUAGAACAUUUGGCACAAAUUAAAACUAUUUUCCCAGAUGCAUACAUUUAUACUCAAGAGAAAUACCGGACAUUUGGUUCUGCAUCUAAACAAGAUAAAUACGAAUUGGUUCUUGUGCCUGUUGUUCAGGAAACUAAUGGAAGAAAUACUCCUGAUCCUGAUAAUGUUUUAAAGACUGCAUCUGAAGCUAGUAUGGGACCACAAGUAUUACUGAAUAGAAGAAGGAAAUUUUACAAUAUAUUGCUUGAUAAAAUAAAGGAUGAACAUGAGAAAUUUUUACUUAGUUUGGAAACACCAAUGCGUAUACCAAAAGAAAAAAUUGUACGUUGGCAUCCGGAAUUUGAUGUGGAAAGUUGUAAGCCAAUUGAACCAUCUGAUUUGCCACAACCUCCCAAUGUUGAAAAGAUGACAACUGCAAAAGAUGUUCUCGACAAAGCUAAAUCAUUAUUUAAUUGUGGUACUCGCAUGGAGAAAGCUUUACAACGGUUAGCAGAAGCAAAGAUGACUUCAAAGACACUUUCACCAGAAAGAACUGACACUGAUGUUGUGAUAAAAACUGAAGAUAGCGUGCAAAAUGUUAAUAUUGCUGUUGUAGAUACACCACCUGCUACACCCACUGUACAAAGUAAUCAUCUUAGUACAGCCUUGAAGGGUAUCCCAAAGGCUUUGCUUGAAAAGGUUCGGGCUAGGCAAGCAGCAAAAGCGCUCGAAGCAAUGACGCGUACACCGAAUGCUGAAAAAGAAGCUAUAAUGUACUCAAGAUUACCUGAACUGGUUAAAUUAUUACGUAAUAUUUUUGUAGCCGAAAAGAAGGGAAUUUUACCAUUAGAAUUUGUAACUACAAAAUUGGAAAAUUCCUCCAGAGCAAAGUUAACUGUUGCUGAAUUGGAGGAGCAUAUACGUUUAUUGUGCAAACUAUUACCCACUUGGACCAGUAUACAUAAUGUGCGGAAAGAAAAUUAUUUGAAGUUACAAAAAGAGAUUGAUCUCGGGAAAGUUAUUAAAAGACUGGAAGUUAUGGCUAACAACAAAGUAACAUCAUCAUGAUAUUUAUUACAAAAUGAUCUACUUUAGUUCAUAAUUUACGUACAGAUCAUUCUACAUGUACUUAUAUUAAUUUCUUCCAAGUUUUGCAAUAUUUUGCCACAAUUUACAAUUAUACAAUUAUUAUAUUAUGCUUUUAAUGAAUUGUAUUGCACCAAGUAGAUUUAGUUGUAGUGGAAAGUAAGGUGAUAAAUUAAACUUUAUUUCUUUUUCUUUAUAAAAAGUCAUUGUGUACUCAUGAAUCAGUUCAGUUGUCGGAUAAACUCAGGCAAUACAGGAUUUUUUUAUAAAAGAUCCGUAUUAUGUAAUAAUAAUACAAUUUUCCAAUUAAUAAAUCUUUGUUUUGUACUU